CUACUGUCAUCUCAUUUUAGGGUUCGUUCAUUCGUUCACACAAUCGAAAACGCAGAAUGCCAACGUACAAGAUAAGGGGAAUCGAUCUCGAUUUCCCGUUCGACGCCUAUGAUUCCCAGCUCGUUUACAUGGACAAAGUCCUUCAAUCGCUUCAGCAGAAACGUAAUGCGCUAUUGGAGAGUCCUACUGGAACUGGAAAAACACUGUGUCUUCUAUGUGCUACCUUAGCGUGGCGGAAGAGUUUGGGAAGUUUCACAACUGGUGUCAGCUACACUACCGGCGGCACCGGCACUGAUAAGUCAGAUGCUGGGUGGAAGGUUACGCCACCGCCAUCUCAGUUUCCUACAAUUGUAUAUGCUUCGCGCACUCACAGCCAGAUCCGCCAAGUCGUUCGAGAGUUGAAACGAACAUCUUACAGGCCUAAGAUGGUAGUCUUGGGAUCCCGCGAGCAACUUUGCAUUCAUGAUCAAGUGAAGUCACUUCAAGGAAAAAGCCAAACAAAUGCUUGCCGAUUUCUCUGUCGCAGGGGUAAAAAGGCUGAAGAGGACGAAGAUGACGACGAACAUGUACCGGAAAAUCACAAACAAAGGCCGACUAGAAACAGAUGCAAACAUUUCGGUCGUGUUCAUGGUUACUUGAAGAAUGAUCCCCAUAUUGGAGAACAACCUGUAGAUAUUGAGGAUUUGGUCAAUAUUGGCACAAGUCAUGGGCCCUGUCCUUAUUAUUUAUCAAAGGAGCUUCACAAGGUUGUUGAUAUAGUAUUUGCUCCAUACAACUAUCUUAUUGACCGCGGGUAUAGAAAAUCUCUGCAUUUUUCUUGGAAGAAAAGUAUACUCAUAUUUGAUGAAGCUCAUAACCUGGAAAGCAUAUGUGCUGAUGCUGCCUCCUUUGACUUAACUUCUUCGCUUCUUACAACUUGCAUUUCUGAUGCUCACCGUUGUAUUGGCCUUGCAAAAGGAAGAAGAGAUAAAUCAACUGAUAAGCCCCGAAAUCCAGAUGAUUUUGCUAUCCUUAAAGCACUUCUUAAAAAACUUGAGAAGCGUAUUGCUGAGGUGCCUAUUGAAUCUAAGGAGCUGGGCUACACCAAACCCGGGCCUUAUAUCUAUGCACUGCUGGCUGAUCUUAACAUCAGACACGAGACUGCGUCUAAGCUUACCGAUAUACUGGAAGCAGCUUCAACUCUUGUUGAGGAAGAUAAUCAGGAGAACUCUACUGGCAACAUCUGCAGGUUGGACAGUAUCAGGGAAAUUCUUGACCUUGUUUUCAGGGAUGGAGAAACUACACAUGCUAAAUACUAUCGAGUUCAUGUGCGGGAGGUUGAGGCUCGGGCUGCCAAUGGCUCUAAAGGUAAGGUAUCAAGGACCCUCAGCUGGUGGUGCUUUAAUCCAGGAAUAGCCAUGGAAGUAUUUCCAAAGCUUGGGGUUGGAUCUAUUAUAUUGACAUCAGGCACAUUAUCCCCUAUGGAAUCGUUUGCUCAAGAACUGAAAUUAGACUUCCCCAUACAGCUGGAAAAUCCACAUGUAAUAACCGCAAAUCAGAUAUGGGCUGGAGUUGUACCAGCUGGUCCUUCAGGGCGUACUUUUAACUCCUCUUACCGCACUCGCGAUUCGCUGGAGUACAAGCAGGAUCUUGGAAAUGCAAUUGUAAAUUUGGCCCGAAUUGUUCCUGAUGGACUUCUGGUGUUCUUCCCAUCUUAUUACCUUAUGGACCUAUGCAUUGGGUGCUGGAAAAGCCUGAGUAAUGCAAGUUCAAUGUCAAUAUGGGAGAGAAUUUGCAAGCACAAGAGACCAGUUAUAGAACCUAGGGAGUCUGCAUUGUUUGCUUCGUCAAUUAAGGACUACACAACUACGUUGAAUGACACCUCUGCAUCUGGAGCAGUAUUUUUUGCUGUUUGUCGUGGGAAGGUAAGUGAAGGAUUAGAUUUUGCGGAUCAUGCUGGAAGAGCUGUGGUAAUUACUGGUUUGCCAUUUGCCACAAGCACCGAUCCUAAGGUUCGUCUAAAACGUGAAUUCUUGGAUCAACAAUCUCGGGCAGUAGGAGCGUUGUUCAAGAAGCAGGUUUUAACUGGAGAUGAGUGGUAUAGCCAACAAGCCUCCCGGGCUGUGAAUCAAGCUGUUGGGCGUGUAAUUCGCCAUCGGCAUGACUAUGGAGCAAUUAUUUUCUGUGAUGAAAGGUUUACAUAUCCAAAUCGCCUGUCCCAAGUUUCACGUUGGAUACAGCCUCACAUCAAGUGUUAUUCAAGAUUUGGAGAACUUGUUUUUACUCUAACUCGAUUUUUCCGGGAUGGAAGAACCCGGGGUCCUACGAAGCAGUCAUUAUUAGAAGCUGAUAAUGGGGGAUAUGAAGGAGAAAUGCCAUCAUCAGAGCACCAUGUGGACAAAUUUUAUAUGGAUAAACUUCUGUCACCUCUGACUACACCAGUGCCUCAAAAUUGCUCUCUGAAAGCUUCAUCUUUGUCUGAUACGAAAGUAAGCUGUUCUUCAUUCACGGGAAAAGUUGUGCCUGCCAAUCGCUCAUCUCUGUCUUCUGACAAUGGAAAGGUUGUAGAUUAUGAAAAUUCUAGAGAUAUAUGUGGCACAUUUUUUCAUGAAAGGAAGACUGUAGUAUCACAGGAACGUUGCAGGGCUGACAGUUGUCAACAGAGUGAAAACCCAAAGGAUAUGUCCUUAGCUCCUUGUUUCACCAAGAAGCGUAAAUUUAUAGCAGGAGAGUAUGACUUAAAGCCACAUGUUGGGAAUUAUGAGCAUCCAUCAUCUGAUUGUAAUAUAGGUAGUCAAACUUCUCAAGGUGGUGUAGAUCUGCAAUGUAAAGGUGAUGGGACCUCCCAAAGUAAUAUUGAGUCUGGUAGGCAAAAGGGUAAUCUUCCUGCUGAUUUUGCAUCUUCUGCUGGUGAUGACACCCAAGGCUCCCAAGGAUUGGCGUUUUUGACUCAGGUUCGAGAUAAGCUCAGUUCAGCAGAAUAUAAAGAUUUUGUGGGUUACAUGAAGGCGCUUAAGACCAAAGCAAUGAAGAUUGCCGAAGUUUUACAAUGCAUUUCUAGCCUUUUCUCUGGUCCUGAAAGGUUACCUCUGCUUAUAAGGUUCAAGGACUACGUCCCAGCAAAGUAUCAUUCUUUAUAUGAGCAGUAUGUUGGAGAAAGAAAGUAACCACUUGGAGGCUCAAACUGUCGCUUGUUUUUUUUGGCUACAACUCUGGUCUCAGGUGCAUCCUUAGCAUUUCCUGGAUUUUUUUUUUGAUUGAAGGUGUUGAAAGGAAUGAAUAUUAGUACAUGACACAAGUUGUAAGAAGACUAGGAAUGUGGACAGUGACCAAGCAAUGUAAAUGAGAAAGUGAUAUUGUUUCACUCUUUAAUUUAAUAGAGAAAAGGGUCUCAUAAAUGUCUAAUUCAGGAGUAUUAAUUCCAACAGUUAGUUAUCUGGGCACCUGAUUACUGCAUGUGUACUUUAUGGCAUAAAGUAUGACACCAUCAUAAGGAGUGUCUUUUCAUUGUUUUUGGUCAGUUGUCCAUGAAUGCUAUUUAUGUAAACUCACAUUGUAUAUACAGCUAGUGAACGUUGUAGUUGCACCCAGACAAUAUCAUGUUUCAA